GUUUUGUGACAGUCCUGCAUGGACCCACUGGGGAUCCAGGAUGAUUUCCGGGGCCCUGCCGUCUCUGCUGCUGGGAUUGCUGCUCGCGUCCACCCCAGGGACCCUUGGCACCAACCCCGGGCUGGUGGCCAGGGUCACCGACAAGGGCCUGGAGUAUGCGGCCAGGGAGGGGCUGCUGGCUCUGCAGAGUGAGCUGCACAGGAUCAGGCUGCCCGACUUCUCCGGGGACUUCAGAAUCAAGCACGUCGGCCGCGGGCACUAUGAGUUCCACAGCUUGGAAAUCCACAGCUGUGAGCUGCGUGGCUCCACUCUGAGACCCCUCCCCAGCCAGGGCCUGAGUCUCUCCAUCUCCGACUCCUUCAUCCGGGUCCAGGGCAGGUGGAAGGCACAAAAGUCAUUCCUGAAAUUGCGAGGCUCCUUUGACCUGCAUGUUGAGGGCAUCACCAUUUCAGUGAACCUCCUCUUGGGCAGUGAGCCUUCAGGGAGGCCCACGGUCACUGCUUCCAGCUGCAGCAGUCACAUCCACGACGUAGAGCUGAAGGUGUCGGGGGGCUUGGGGUGGCUACUGAAUCUCUUCCACAACCAGAUCGAGUCCAAGUUUCGAGAUGUGUUAGAAAGCAAGAUUUGCGAAAUGGUCCAGAAAUCUGUGACCUCUGACCUACAGCCUUAUCUCCAAACUCUGCCAGUCACAGCAGAGAUUGACGGCUUUGCUGGCAUCGAUUACAGCUUAACAGAAGCCCCUCGGGCAGCAGCCCAAAUGGUGGACGUGAUGUUUAAGGGUGAAAUUUUUAACCUCAACCAACGCUCCCCAGCUGCCUUCCUUGCUCCUGUCAUGAGCCUCCCUGAUGAACACAGCCGAAUGGUCUACUUUGCUGUCUCAGAUUAUGUCUUCAGCACAGCCAGCCUGGUUUAUCACCAGGCAGGAUACCUGAACUUCUCCAUCACAGAUGACAUGAUUCCGCCUGACUUCAACACCCGACUGACCACCAAAUCCUUCCGAGCCUUCGUCCCCCGGAUAGCCAGGAAGUACCCCAACAUGAUCUUGGAACUUCAAGGAGCAGUGGUCUCCACGCCAUUCUUGACCUUCAGCCCUGGGAAUAUGUCCUUGGCCCCCCAAGUGGAGAUUGAGGCCUUUGUGCUUCUGCCCAGCUCCCUCAGGGAGUUUGUCUUCCGGCUUGGUAUGGCCACUAAUGUGACUGCCAUGUUGAGCUUCAACACCAGCAAGAUCACUGGGUCGCUGAGUCCCGGAAGGGUACAAUUGGAACUGAAAGAAUCCAAAGUUGGAGUAUUCAAUGUGGCGCUGUUGGAGGGGCUUAUCAACUACUACACUCUCCACACCCUCUACCCCAAGGUCAACGAGAAGCUGGCAAAAGGCUUCCCUCUCCCUAUGCUAAAGCACACUCAGCUCUACGACCUCAUUCUUCAGAUUCACAAGGACUUCCUGUUCUUGGGCGCCAACGUCCAGUACACGAGAGUUUGAGAAGAAGGAGAAAGACUUGCCGUUGGGGCGUGGAGGCUACAGCUGGAUCUACAAGUUGCCUUUCCAGAUGUGCAGCACAUUUCUGGAGACUCUCAGAGGAUAGACGACACUUGUGUUCCCAGCUCCAGGGACGAAGGUCUGCCUGGCUCCUGCUCUCAUGCUCCCUUUUUAGACUCUGGACCUUCCUCUCUGCCCCCACCCCCACCCCCACCCCAGGAUGGUCUCCCCUCUUUCCAGUGGUAUGGACUCUCGCUGAGAGGCAGGCUCAGAACUCAAAUUCUAGAAGAAGCUGAAAUCCUGUGAAGAUAGUUCACGGUCUGUGCCCCUUGCCUAGCAGAGUGUUGGCACUUAGUAGGUCCUCAAUAAAUAUUUAUUGAAAGGUUCAA